UUGGAAGCCAAUGUCAAACGCCGAUUCAGCUUGAUUUUAUCAUUAACUAUUGUAGAAUCUAAUUUGUUAACCUAAUCUGUUGAGCGUUGCACAGGCUGAAGUUCGAAAACCAGCUCAGACAGGAGUUAGUUAAUGUUUUUAGCUAACCAUGUUAGCUGGCUAGCCUAGAACAGAAGAGAAGACAGGCGAAGUGGAUUCCCUUACGCAGAACUAUGUCAGCACGAAAGAGAAAAUUGCCUUCAGCCCUAGAGUCAGCAGAUCAGGCAAAACGAGUAAGGCCAGUGCCCCAUUGUGAGAGUGGCGAUGUCCACGUGAAGGAUGUUAGUCCUUCUUUUCACAAUGAAGGGGAUCCCUGCAGACUUGGAGAAGACUUUUUCAACCAGCCAUGUGUUUGUUUGGCUAAAGCCUUUCUCGGCAAGGUAUUGGUGCGCCGAUGUGCAGACGGUACCGAGCUGAGAGGCAUUGUGGUGGAGACUGAGGCCUACCUUGGAGGGGAGGACAAAGCAUCUCACUCAGCUGGGGGGAAGCGCACAGAGAGGAACACGGCAAUGUUUAUGAAGCCGGGCACAAUCUAUGUGUAUUCAAUCUAUGGCAUUUAUCUCUGUAUGAAUGUAUCCAGUCAAGGGGAGGGGGCUGCAGUUCUACUACGCGCUCUGGGACCCCUUCAGGGCAUGCCCUUCAUGAGGCAGCUGCGAGUGGCCAGACGGAAGGAAGGAGCGCGACCUCUCAAGGACAAAGAGCUUUGCAACGGGCCCUCCAAACUGUGCCAAGCUCUGGACAUCCCCCGCCGCUUUGACCGCAGAGACCUGGCAUCUGACCCAGACGUGUGGCUGGAGAGGACCUCCCAGGCGGGGCCCCUGGACGUGGUGACAGCAUCCCGCAUUGGCAUAGAGUCCCAUGGAGAAUGGGCCACCAGACCCCUGCGCUUCUAUCUGCGAGGACACCCAUGUGUGAGCGUGGUGGACCGACAGGCAGAGAGGCUGGCUGUGGUCUGCGGCGCCGUUCAUGACCUGGUUCCGUCAGUGGAGGAAUGUAACGCUGACACAGGACAGAACUGAAACUGUCAAACGUGUCGUGUGGACAUGAGCUUUUCUUGAUUCAGGCCCAUGCUUCUGCUACAAUGUGUGAGCAUACAACUGACAGCAGCAUACAGUUGUUUUUUUCUUAACUCUCCGAUUUGUUAUUCACUUAUUCAACACAUGGGCAUGUUUAUCAAUUUUCCACAAUACUCAGUGAUGGAGUAGAACCAAGGUACACCCAUAACCAGAUGUUUUGAUAAGCAAAUACCACAAUUCAAGAUGUGCUAAAUGAAACAUUAACUCUGCAGAAAUCCUUGCUAUGGUUCCACUUCCAUUUUUAUGGUUUCCAUUAUUUUCUGUCUCAACAACACAGAAUAGAUUGAAGGAAAUCUAUAAAUGUAGUGAUUUGUUGAACUUUUCUUUACAUGUUAAAAAAGAUUUUGGGGUAUAAAACUGUACUGUGUUCUUUACCUUGAUCCAUAAUCCUUGCAAUCAAUCCAACUGAACUAACUAAAUGGCCAACCGACAAUUCACAUUCUUUACCUUGAAGCAUGCACUGGAACGAAUGUCCUUGCUUCACUUAAAAAAAUUAAAAAAAUCCUCUUCUCAUCAAUUUCACAGAUGUUUAGAAUGUUCCCCUCCUCUCAAAGCAAAAA